AUGGCUAAGGCUGCAGUUAUAAAUCCUCGAGGAGAUUUAAAAGUCUUCACAGAUUGUAUGUAUUUUAUCAAUGGCAAUUGUAAAUCAAAUGAUAAAUGUCGUUAUCGCCACUGUGAAGCAGCUGCGAAGCAAACAAAUAAUUGUUUUAGAUGGCCAAAACUAUGUCGUGAUGCUAAAUGUCCCUACCGACAUCCUGCAACACCAAAACAAGGUGACCAGAAAAAAAAGACCGUACCCGAACCUCCGAUUGUUCAGCAAAAUCUACAACAACCUGUACCUACACCAGCACGAAGAGACGGUUUGAUAAGCUUCUUCUGGGAUAUCGAAAAUGUUCCUAUACCAAAAGGUCAAAAACCUUUCGACAUUGUUCAACGUAUUCGCGACAAAUUAGUCGUUCAAUCUGGCUUACGAGAAUAUAGUUUUUCAUGCUAUUGUAAUAGUACAACAAUAUCUCAAGAGAAUCAGUUGAGCUUAUUUCAUGCGAACGUUCGUAUUGUUCAUAUACCUGAUCGAAAACCCGGUGCAGUGGAUCGUCAAAUAAUGCUUGAACUAGAUCGUUUUGAACGGGCUCAUCAACCUCCGGCAACCAUCGUUCUUAUAUCUGGUGAUAUUGAUUUCGUUGGUAAACUAAGUGAUCUUCGUCAUCAAGCUGGAUUUCAUGUUAUAGUUAUUCAUAAUAAACCAGCUAAAACAGAAUUAAAAGCAACAGUAAAUUCUCAUUAUCCAUGGGAAACAUUUACAAAAUCAGUCAAUGAGACAGACAGUCGUUCAGAAUUAUUAUCCGAGGGAUUCGGACGCCGAACACCAUUAUCAUAUAGAACAAACAAUCAAGCUGCCACAAAUCAUCAACGCAAAACUGAUCCAUCACCAAUGCGUUCAACUCCACCACCGAAAGCAGCUCGGCCAGCUGCUACAGGAAAAAAGCGAAUGUACGAAUGUCCUAAAUGCUCAAGUGAAUUUGAAUCUGUUCAAGCUUUACGACAGCAUCAAGAUGCUAAAGAUCAUUUAUUUGAUUGUCCACAAUGUGAUGAAACUUUUGUCACACUUGACGGACUAUCGCAACAUCAGAAAGCCAAAGGUCAUGAAGAAGUAGAAUACAUUUGUGAACAGUGUAGUCGUCGAUUUGCUAAAAUUGACAGUUUAAAGCAACAUCAACAAGCUACUAAUCAUAAUGCAGUUACAAAUGAAGUACCAUUUAUGGCUGGGCAUAUGUUUCCACCGGCAAGUCCUAAUAAUAAACAAGUUAAAAAUGAUAUUAUUCAAGAUGCAGCAAUGAUUGUUAUACAAAGAGGCAUUGAUGCUCUUGUUGAAUAUUAUCCAAAAAUUUUCCCAUCAAAUAAAUAA